CGCUGCUGAUUUCUAAGCAAAUAUCCGAGAGAAUCUGAACACGGCGUUCUUACUGUAGACAUUCACUACUAAGAAUAAAGCCACCGUUACUAUUUCAGCAAGAUAUACUGUCUUUAUAGGCCUGUCAGUGAGAAUGAACGGGUCUCGCCCGGAUUGUUGGCAUGGCGUUACAGACCCCCGGGAGCGGAAACAGAUACAGGACAGGCUAGCUCAAAGAGCACGUAGAAAACGACUGAGAGAAGCCAGGGAAGCUAAGAAACAAGAUAGUAGCGCUUCCAAUUGUGCAACUGUGGACCAUAGCUCGACCUGUGACUGGCUCUCGGCAACAUGCGAUCCGGACCUAGCUACAGCAGUUGAGACCGUAUCGACGCUGCAGCAAUCCUCGAACCAGACACCGCCCACAGAGCUUUCAACCGACUUCUCUUCCGAUUCCCCUUACAGGUAUCUCGAGAAUAUAGAAGUCGUACCGCCCAUGACCUUCACAGCACAGCCGCCCGCCGUCCAACUCACAGUCUUCUCCGCUAUGUUCAUGAAUGGCAAAGUACUGGGCUUAAGCUGCAGUACCGUGCUACCUGGAAAGUCUAAACUUCAAUCAGCAGACAUACCAAUACCUCUCCAGCCAACCUCGACGCAGAUCUUCAACUACCAUGCGCUUUUUAUCGACCGCUUCCCGUUUCCCAAAAUGCGGGACAACAUGAUCAAUAUGAGUCCGAUCAUAGACGACGAGGAGUUUUUGCAGGAUCUAUUCACGAUGGACAGUUUUACUAUUACUCCGGGCUGUGCGAGCUGGGAUCCGCAGUCGUGGAAGCUAAAGAAGGGGCCUUGGGCAGAGAAGUGGGGGUAUCUGCUUUGUUACGGACCCGAAGGAUUGGAGUGAAUGGGCACUAGUAAAAGUGCGACAAGUGGGAAGAUAGGAAGAACAGACGCUCCUUGUUCACUGCCAAAUACUCGAGUAGACCGCCACGUUCUACAAGAAUCUUGUUCCACGACCUCAGCCAUCAUCAACCUCUCACACUUUCUCCUGCGCAGCCUUCUUAAUCCACUCCACCACCUUCUCCGGCGCACUCGCAUUCGGACAAUGCCCCGUCUCAAUCCCAUCAACCACCACCUUCCUCCCAGUCGCCUUCUCAAU